AUGAUCUCUGGUAACGUCGAGGACAUUCCAGUAGUCGAGAAUGUGUGUCCACCAAGCGAUGAGGCGGUGGAAUUAAAACUACGGGAUUACCAAGAGGAGGUCCUAACUCCAGCAUUGAAGGGACAGAACGCCAUGGUGGUCUUGCCGACAGGGACAGGAAAGACAGAAGUCGCCAUCGCUCUUAUAAGUCGCCGGUUCCUGGCCCGCAACCCUGUAGGAGCCACUAAUCAUCGAAGGCAGAAGAGUGUGUUCGUAGUGAACAAGGUUCCCCUAGUGAAACAACAGAAAGACAGGUGUCUGAAAUACUUGAGGGGAAAGUGUAAGGUCGCUGGAGUUAGCGGUGUGGAGUCGAACCGUGUGCCAUUGAACUCCGUCAUCGAUUCCAACGACAUCACCGUCUUGACGGCACAGGUGCUCGUCGACGCCCUCAAAGAUGAUAACAUUAAGCUUAAACUCUCUGACAUCGCACUCCUUGUCAUAGACGAAUGUCAUCACUGCCAGAAAUCUAAUCCAUACAAUGUUCUGAUGGCUAUGUAUAGAGACCUAAAGCUAAACUCUCCGGAACUUCCGAGACCACAGAUACUUGGACUGACAGCAUCACCUGGUGUUGGGAAUUCGAAGAACACGGUGCAGGCUGAACGCUACAUCACAAAGCUCUGUGCAAACCUAGACUGCAGAAUAUCACGACCUAAGAUCUAUGCUGACCAGCUUAAUGCGAGGAGUAGCUCACCCCAGGAAAUUCCGAUAAUAACGAAAGGAAGGCCUAUCGAAGAUCCUUUCUUCCAUGAGAUCAGUGUCAUUAUGGGACGCAUCGAAGAUAAAAUCGUGGAAGGCGGAAGAGCGCUGGUGGAGGAAAAUGACGAAUUCGCUAAAAUGGUAUCUCGCCGUGGUACGCAAAUCUAUGAACAGGGUGUGGUCAAAUUGGAGGAGAAAAUUCAACAAACGAUAGAGAAUGGAAACGGCAUAUGGGAACUAAUGACUUGUGUGAACUACCUGAGGGAUCUGCAUGCCAUCUCCUACAUGGAGGACUACAUCAAUGAAAAGGAGGAGAGAAAUCCUUCAGGAUCUGCUGAUAUGAUCCUUAGGAAUAUGUUCCGAGAUAAACUUGAAACUUUGAACCGAAACGCCAAUCUGCCUGCCAGUAUCAACCCCGUUUUGAAUGAGCUUGAUAAGCAACUAAAGAAGGAGUAUGCAGAAAAUGAGGAUUCCUCUAGCAUCAUCUUUACAAAGACCAGAGCGUUAGCCAAGGCUCUGGUGAAGUGGCUCAAUAAAGACCCUGAUCUGAAUCACACCAAGGCUGAAAUAUUUAUAGGAAGUGGUAAUCAAGGUAUGACGUCAACAGAACAGAAUAGGAUCCUGCAGUUGUUCAGAGAUAAGAAGUGCAGGAUCUUAGUUGCCACAUCGGUCGCAGAAGAAGGCCUGGACAUUACAAACUGCAACAUGGUCUUCAGCUACAACUACGUGACCAGCGAUAUUGGUUAUGUCCAAACUAAAGGUCGUAUCCGGGCCGACUGUAACGGGAAAAUGUUCGUCAUUGUGAAUUCCGAUCUCCAGCUUCAGGAUCUUGAGCUCAAGACAAUCAUACGGGUGGAGAUGAUGAACGAGGCUGUGCAAAGCAUUGCUGAUUUCACUCUAGACGAUCAAGAAGCCUUUGAUGAUCAGAUUCGGAAAGAACAGGAGAAUGAUCAGAAGAAGCGACAGCGGGAAAAUGAUCUUGCGCGAGACAUCAAGGCUAACAAAGUAGAGAAAUCAGGCAUAGUCCUCCAUUGCAAAAAUUGCUCCGAAGAAGCCUGCAGUCUAGAUGAUAUCAGGUGCAUCGAAGACCAGCACCACGUCGUCACCAACGACCUCUUCCUGGACAAGAUUGAUCUCUGUAAUCCUACGAAGAAGCGACUCAGCGACGACAAAUUCAGGCCCCUGAAGGAUAUCCACUGUGGCAAUUGCCCGUAUAAAUGGGGCACCAUGAUGAAGUAUCAAAAGCAAGAUUUUCCGUUGAUUGCUGUCAAGAACUUUAGACUCAUGGAUGACAAGGGUAACAAGUUUCUUUACAAGAAGUGGACGGAUGUUCCUUUCGCGAUACGCUCGAUUGAUAUGGAUGAUCUGGGAAAGCAGGAUCCAGAAGGGGUUCAGGAGAAAGGAGAAUUCGAGGAAGACGAUGUCUAUAUCGAUUAUCAAACACCGUACAGUGACCCGGUAUCAGAUGGGAAACUGAAUACUCUUGCAGCCCACGUCCCUCACGAGAAAUACAAUGACCUUUCCUGCAAACUCGGUAUUGGGUACAAUCAGGCAUCAACAAUUCUGCACAAUCCCGGUAGCACCUAUCAGAAAGCGACGAGGGAGUGUCUUUCCAUAUGGAAAAACAAGACAGGCGGAAGCUUCACCGAGCUGAAGAAGAUUUUUAAUGAUGUUGAAUUAGGUGGUGUAUGGAUGGAACAUAUGAACUAG